UCGUCAAAUUCACGGAUUAUCUACAAAAAAGUGAUGAAAUCAUUUGAUUUUCAAACUGGAUUUUACAAAGACACACAUAUUUUAUUUAAAUAAGCAUUAUUUUUCACACAUAAUUAAAGGACUGCAAUGAAUUGCUAGCGAAUGAACACUUUGACAGAAUAUUUUAAUUCGCAGUUUUUUUUGAAAAUCAAUCGAAAAAGUUAUGUAGCAUGAUAGAAAAUGAUUUAGUGCAGUGAAUAUUUAACGAAUUUUAGCGGACAUUGGCCAGUAUUUAUGGAUUAAUUUCUGUUACAGAAAAAAUAAUCCAAUAAGAUUUUUAUAUAGUCUAAAAAUCCGAAACAGAUCCAACCAAAUAUGAAUAUGAAUCAUUUCACAAUAAGUGAGAAUAACGAUUAUAAACACUAAUAACAACUCAAAGGAAAUCAUUUCGAUUUAUGUAUGCGUCAAAGAUAAAAGACAAUACGAUCAAACCAUAAAAUUGCAUGGUUUUAAUGAAGAAGUGAAUUAUUUGCUUUGUUUUAUCAGAUAAAGCAACUCAAAGAAAAAUUGACUUUUAUUUUCGAGGCUGUGAAGUGUCAGAUAAAAAAAAUUGCCAAAAUGAGAAUCAAAAUGCCAGCCGUUCGAAUUGCUCAAGCAGAAUCUGAAUCAACAGCAGAACCUGGAGCUAUACAGGAUAUACUAACAUGUGGCUCAUGUCAAAAAACAUUUGCACUCGGCGACAUCGUUAAAUUCAUACAGCACAAAGUUUUGCAAUGCAACAAAGAAAAUUAUGGCCAGUGCUUUCCACAAGGUGGUACAACCGGCGACAGAGAUUCAGAAGACGGUAGACCAUUGAGUCUUGUGAAUCGACGGCCGUCAAUUUCAGCACCAAUUUCCACACGUAAACCAUCCAGUUCAUCAUCACGUGUACACACACCACCUCUAGCUAGUCCUGGUUUCUUAAGUGGUGACGGUGCAUCGAGCACACCAAAACGACUAACGCCCGAUGAUGAAAACGAUAACGAAAAUGAAAAUUCCGAAUCAAAACAAUCGGAAUUGAAUUCGUUGGAAAAUAAUAGCAAUUCAGAUGAUGAACAAAAACGUGGAAAUAGCGUAGACAGUAGCAACUGCUUAGAAAUUAAACGUGAACGAAAUGAAAACAGCGGCAACAGCAACACAAAAAUCGAUGGAAACGAUGGUGAAACCAACACAGUAAACAAUGAACCCAGUAACUACGUCUGUUCAACAUGCAAAACAAAAUUGAGUUCGGCAUGGCGUCUCGUGCAACAUGUUCAACAUGCGCACGGCGUUAAAAUUUAUGUAGAAUCGAAUAAACAUUUGCUUGAUGCUCAGCAUCAUCAACAACUGCAGCAACUGCAACAGCUACAACAACAACAACAACAGCAACAAGACAAAGAAAAAGAAAAAGAGAAAAGUUCAAAGAAUUCCAGUUCAUCAUCGGAUUUGAGCAAUGCAAGCAAUCAAUCGGCAUCGAAUCAGAAACAAAAUGAUCAACAAAAUGCACAGAUUUUGAGACAUCAUCCAUUGUUGCCGCCGCCCGAUAUGCAUGGCAAUCCAUUCGGUUUAUUACGAAUGCCGUUGCCACCUCCAGCCGUUGGACCAUUUUUGUCAAGAUCCCAUCAUGAUUUCCGUAUGGAACAACUUGUCAGCGAACAAUUUCGUCAUCAUGGUUUAAAUUUGGCGGCGGCUGCGGCUGUUGCUGCUGCCAAUUCAUUGGCUCCACACAAUGCAGGUUUCCAAUCGCCCGGCAGUGAACGACCAGCAUCAACCGGUGGUCGUAUCUCUGCAUCAGCUUCAAAUCCAAAUCUCUCAAUUGAACCACAAAUCGAUUUUUAUUCGCAACGUUUGCGUCAAUUGGCCGGUACAACAAGUCCAGGCGGUAAUUUAGUGAAUGCCAGCUCGCCAAGUCCACGCAAACAACAAUCACCGUCAUUUGCAAGCCCAUCACCAUCACAAUUACCACCAACUCCAUUGACAAAUAAUUCACGGCCACAAAGUUUAACACCGCCCGAAAAGCAUACAAGCGAUGCAAACAACGAUGAAGCCCGUAAAAUAAUAACGACACCACGUUCAGCAUCGACACCACCAAAAGAGGCUCAAUCCACCGAUGGUGUACAUGCUUGCGAAUUUUGCGGAAAGAAAUUCCGUUUCCAAGUCAAUUUAUUGAUACAUCGACGCACCCACACCGAUGACAAAUCGUACAAAUGUAACAGCUGUGAUUUUACCUGUUUCCAAGCAUCGAAAUUAAAGCGUCAUCUUAAGGUGCAUGCAACACCAGAGGAUCGCACAAGUAACGCUGGUUCAGUUGAGACAUUUGACGGCGAUGAAUCGAAUCCAGAAGAUGAAGAAGAUGUUGAAGAAAUCGAAGACGAAGAAGCCAAUGAAGAAAUGGAAUACGAAGCUGAAGAUUUAAGUGUUGGCAGUAAAAGUGAAAAACAAUUUGAUAUGAAACGUGAUUUACUUUUGGGACAUCCACCGCCAUCGUUGGUCGGUGAGCUAAUGGAUAAAUUUGGUUUGUCAAACAUUCCACAAUAUUCGGAAGCAUUAAAGCAAGCCUGGCAAGAGAAAGCGCUUCAAAUGCAACUCUCAAUUAAAGAUCGUGACAAUAAUAAUAGCAGUGCAAUGGCACCACUCUCCGAAAAAUUGAAUGGUUUACCGGCUGCAUUACGUUUACGUGAAGAAUUCACCAAGAAUAUGCUUCAAUCGCAACAAGCUCAAACACCAAAUCAAGUACCAAUGUACAAUCCAAAUCCAUUCGAUAGCCCAUUCGAUCCGGCAAAACGUAUGAAACUUGAUAAUGAUGCAUGGUGGUCAUUGCCCGGUUUACAUCGCAAUGAUCCGUUCUUUGAAAAUCUUAAAGCAAAAACUCACAACAUAAUUCCAACGUCAACGGCAAAUCUCAUGCAAAAUCCAUUGAUUAAAAAAGACCACAAACGAAACGAUACAUGCGAAUAUUGUGGUAAAGUGUUUAAAAAUUGCUCAAAUUUAACGGUUCAUCGACGCUCGCACACCGGUGAAAAACCAUAUAAAUGUGAAUUGUGUUCGUAUGCAUGUGCACAGAGUAGCAAAUUAACGCGUCACAUGAAAACCCAUGGUCGUUCUGGUAAAGAUGUUUAUCGUUGCCGAUUCUGUGAUAUGCCAUUCAGUGUUCCAUCAACGCUUGAAAAACAUAUGCGAAAAUGUGUUGUUAAUCAAAACAAACAUCUAAAAAAUAUGUCAGCAGCAAGCGGUUUAAAUCCGCACAAUUUUUCAAUGCCUCCACUACCAACAUUGGCCGCAAUGAAUGCCAGUCUAUGCAAUAGCGUUCCAAACAUGAGCGACGACGAUGGUGCAACGAAUUUAUCGGCUCAGGCCGCAUCAAGUCUAUCGACACCAGUUUCAUUGCCACCAUCAGCAUUAUCAUCGCCGUCAUUGUCAUCACUAUUACCUCAACAUCAUCAACAUCAACCGAUGUCUAUCAAAGAGGAGGCUUGACUUUAUUCCAACUGGGCAGCCGCCUAUCGACUGCCGCCAAAUCGAAUGAUGUCAAGCAUCUUUUAGAAUUUUUGAUAGAGUAUAUACAAAACACAAAGUUAUUUAUUUAAAAAGAAAUCAAUUCCCCCCACACUUAAAAUGCGCGGCAAUACACACAUCGGUUAUUAAAUAUUUAUCGUGUGCACUUUUGAGAAGAUGAAUUAAUCAAUUUUUUUUUAUUAUUAUUAUUUUAAUCAAGUAUUUUUUUUAGUUGAAUUCGUUUUAAGUAACCAGUUGAAAAAAAGAGAGAAAAAUAAUGAAAAGAAAUACAGAGGCAUUAAUACCAAAGUCAAUGAGGCACUAUCUACAGUUUUAUUAACUUCAAAAAAAAAAUUGAGAAUAAUAAAAACUGAAGAAAUCAUGUAAAAGAACGUAAUUUUAAAACAAAAGACAUAUGAAAAAAUGCAUAGUUAAUUUGAAGAGAAAUGAUAACAUUUAGCAGGCAGAAAUUAAGCAUCAUUUUAGGUAUGUAUUGUAAAUAUUCAACCUACUAUAAAAUCUAGAUAAGAUCAUUUAAAUAUUAUUAAUUAUUUCGAUAAAUGAAUGAAAUGAAUUCAACACAAAUCUUCAAUCCAAACUUAUAAACACACACACAAACACUCCCCAAACCAUAUUUUAUGAUUCAAGACAACAAUUUUUAAACUAAAAAUAUAUAUAUUCAAUUUAAAAAGAGACAAAAAAACAUCAACAUUCUAAUGUCUGUAUAUGUAUAAAAAAAAGAAUGAAGAUUUUCGAACGUAAGACGAAUUCUAUAUAUUAAACGUAGUGUCAAUUGUAUAAAAUAUGAGUUAAACAGAAACUACGCACAGUCACCCGAAUUGAAAGAAGAAGUUGAAAAACAAAACUUAGUUCAUUUUGCAAGAAACAUUUGUUUUUUGCCCCCUUUUCAAUCUCCUUUUCACCUCUAUAUAAGAAAAAGAAGAGAAAACGCAGUUUUUAAACCACUUGUUCGUAUCUAUUCUACUAGCAAUUUUAAAUCUAAUUUAGAACUUAGUAUUCUUAAUCGUAGUGUAUUCUGUAUAAAAAAAACACACACACAAAUGAUAAUGGAUUUUUAAUAAAAAUCAUCACAUCAAACGUAA